AUGGUUGCCAGCGCUGGAACAACUCAAGAGGAGCCCGUCACCCCGGGUGAUCCUGUUCAAAGUGAGCAGCAGGACAAGCUCCUGAGCAGCCCCGGUCAGCGUUAUGCCACUGAAGCCAGAAAGGGCAUGAUUGAUCGAAUGGUACGGCAGCAGAUUGAGAACGAGAGAUCAAUCGUUCUAGCCGUUAUGCCAUGCCAUUCCGGCCCAACUACUGAGAGGAUUUUAGAAUUUGCCAAGGUGGCCGACCCUUGCGGAGAGAGAACCCUCGGCGUGUUCACCAAGCCUGACCUUGUAAAGGAGCAAGCCAUGUUCCAGUCCGUCCAAAAGCAUAUCAAACAAUCCCCGCUAAAGCUGGGAUAUUUGGCUGUGCGCAGUCGUCGAGCUAAUGAGGAUGACCUCGAACUGACCAGCUUAAGGGAUAAAGAGCAAGAACUGUUUGUGGGCCCCGAACCAGGCCCGACCAGCCAGCGAGAAUACCUUGUGAGGCUUGCGUCGCGCUUUCAGCUCAUGACCCACAACUCUCUUGAGGGCCAGUACGUCCAUCCUGAUUUUUCACAGCACACUAAUCUGAGACUCGUCUCCCUUGUUAUCAACAUGAACGAGGUCUUCGCAGAGCUUAUGAGGAGGAGUGGACCCAAAUACCGUUUCCAUGGUUUUGAGCUUUGCUGGCUGGGGGGCAGCGAUCUGAUGAACAAGGUUCUCCGAACCACUCCCCAUCCACUCAGCAAUAUCAUACCCGUAAAGUUCUUCCAGAACCAGAUGCCAAAGGACGGCCUUGAAGGGAUUAUUGAGGAGCAUUAUUUGGGGUUCAAAGGGCCUGAGCUGGGCACUUUUGGCGGAUCCGUCCUGACGAUUUUCGACAAAGAAGUCGCUCAACAACUCUGGGAGAAUGCUAUGCACGAUCAACUCGACGAAGCCUACAAGGGCGCCCUAGCUCACGCCGAAUUCCUCGUCGACUCGGAGCUUCUCGGACGCCCGUACACUUACAACCACUACUUCAACGAGAACCUCGAACGGGCACGCAGCCGUCGAAUUGCAGCAACACAGGCACAGAAGGCUCACGCACAGCCAAGUGCCACCACCGCGGCUGCCGCCGAGUUUGCUAAAUCUGACUCUAGCUCUAACUCGUCCAGCAUCAAGGUCAAAAUUAGCGUUCCACUUCAACAACCCAGCAAGACGCAUGCGGACCAAGUCAAAGAGAACAUCGAUGUUUUGAAGAGCUACUACAAGAUUGCCCGAAAGCGGUUCGUGGACGCCAUCUGCCAGCAGGUGGUCAGUCUUCUUCUUCUUAAUGGUGACGAAAGCCCGCUCAAUAUCUUGUGCCCGGAGCUCAUCGCCAAGUUGACCGACAACCAACUGGAACAAAUCGCGGGUGAAGAUAGCGCGUCCAGGAGCAUGAGGCAGGGGCUGGAUGAGGAGAUUGAAGGGCUUAAGGCGGCCAUGGAGGUCUUUCGGACUUGA